AGAAACCCCCUUAUUUCCGUCUUUCCUUCAAAACAAUUAAACCAUGUCCACUUCUUCCUCCUUCUAUGGCAAUGGCAUCACACUCGGUUCUUCAACUCCCACCUUCAAGAAUCUUCUUUCUUCUCGUCACCCAAAUCAAAUUCAAGUAAGUUCAUACCCAUUUGCUUUUCUUCCUUUACGUCUAUCUAAAACCUCCAUCUUCGUUCGAAAAAGACCCAAUCUUAUAACUGCUUCAGCUCUCACAACCCCUGAAUCGCCUCUUAAAUCUUCAUUCAGAGACAAAAACCCUAAAGAAAUCAACGUUUUAGUUGUGGGUUCAACUGGGUACAUUGGAAAUUUUGUGGUUAAAGAACUUGUUCAUAGAGGGUUUAAUGUAAUUGCAGUUUGUAGAGAAAAUAGUGGAAUCAGAGGUAGAAACAGCAAAGAAGAGACCUUGAACAAGCUAAAUGGAGCCAAUGUUUGCUUUUCAGAUGUCACCCAAUUGGAUCUUUUGCAGAAAAGUUUACAAAAUUUGGGGGUUUCGAUUGAUGUUGUUGUAUCUUGUCUUGCUAGCCGAUCUGGAGGCGUUAAAGAUUCUUGGAAAAUCGAUUAUGAAGCCACCAAGAACAGUCUUUUAGCUGGUAGGAAGUUUGGGGCUCAACAUUUCGUUCUGUUAUCUGCAAUCUGUGUGCAAAAACCCCUUCUUGAAUUCCAACGAGCCAAGUUGAAAUUCGAAUCGGAAUUGGUGAAAGAAGCCGAGGAAGAUGAUGGUUUUAGCUACAGCAUUGUUAGGCCAACAGCAUUUUUCAAAAGCUUAGGAGGUCAAGUUGAGCUGGUGAAAGAUGGGAAGCCAUAUGUGAUGUUUGGAGAUGGGAAAUUGUGUGCUUGUAAGCCGAUAAGCGAGCCAGAUUUGGCUUCGUUUAUCGCAGAUUGCGUGGUGAAUAGGGAGAAGAUGAACCAGAUUUUGCCCAUCGGUGGACCUGGGAAGGCAUUGACACCAUUGGAACAAGGGGAGAUGCUGUUUAAACUUGUGGGAAAGAAGCCAUUUUUCAUCAAAGUGCCGAUCGAGAUCAUGGAUUUUGCGAUAGGGGUUAUGGAUUUUCUUGCGAGUAUAUUUCCUUCGUUGGAAGAUGCAGCAGAAUUUGGGAAGAUAGGGAGGUAUUAUGCAGCAGAGAGUAUGCUGAGUUAUGAUGCGGAAAGUAAGGAAUACAGUGCGGAGAAGACGCCGAGUUACGGGAAGGAUACAUUGGAAGAAUUCUUCAAGAAGGUAGUGGAGGAAGGGAUGAGUGGGCAAGAGCUAGGGGAACAAGCAAUUUUCUGAGAGUUUCAGUUGAUGAUGGUAUCGUAUGUGACUUUGCAAAUAUAUAUAUAGUUAAUUACAUGUUUGAACAAAAGAUUUGUUUGUUGAUGAGGUGCGUGCUUAUAAUAUGUUUUGAGUGGAGAAAAAUGUGAAUUUGACAUUUUUCCAAUUGGAGAUGAUAAUAAUAAUCAUCAAGUUUACAAA